CAUGCGCACAAACACACAUUUGUGUUUAACAAAAACAAUCACUAUCAUGAUGACUGAUGAGAAGCUUGUUGCUGUGAAAGUGUGAUGCUUUCAGUUGCUUUUUAAUAAGUUCAUAAUCGUCAUUUUCCUCUAUUAUUUACAUGAUCGUAUCUUUAUCUCCCGAAUACUCACUUUCAACUGUAGAUAUUUACUUGGGGUAUUCUGUAAGAAGAAUUUGAAGAAACUAUGGCUCAUGAGCAACAAAGAGCUACUGUUGAGGACUCAAACAGUUGGAAUUUAGAUGGAAUUGCAUUUUUUGACAAUGAGAUGCUCCCUCCAUCACUUGUUCGGAUUGGGCCUAUUCUUCGUGUUGCCAAUGAAAUUGAGUGGGUCAAUCCCAGGGUUGCCUACCUUUGUCGGUUCUAUGCCUUUGAGACGGUUCACAGGCUACAUCCAUCAUCUGAAGAUGCUGCUGUUUUCCGAUUGAAGUCUCUCCUGGUUCCUCGCCUAGCAAGGGAAGAAGAAACAACUUUAAUUGGAGUACAAAAACGCAGUGAUCGUGAUGAAAUUAUGGCCUUUUAUCAGUAUUAUUGUGAAAAGUACAUUCAAGGCUUGCAAAAUGCUGAUAAAACUGAUAGUAAUGUAUGUACCCGUCUUACAAAAGCUUAUGAAAGUGCUGUUGUUCUUUUUGAGGUUUUGGAGACUAUGUGCCCUAGGAGUAAGUUGUCCCCUGAGAUAUGGGAAUUACACAAACAGGUUACUGAGAAAGCAGCACUGCAUAUUCAUAAUAUUCAUCCACUUGACACUGAAACUUCAGAUCAACAGCUGCCAAACCACCCCAAAAUCCCCUUCCAAGCUAUAAAAGAUUGUACCCAAGACUUCAACGAAAGAAAUUGCAUCGGGAAGGGUGGAUACGGAAGGGUCUACAAGGGAAUCCUCACCUGGGGGGAUUAUGUAAACCAACUAGUUGCUGUAAAACGGCUAGAUGUCACCGGGUUUCAGGGUAACAAGGAGUUCCACACUGAGCUCACAAUGCUUUCACAGUUUCAGCAUGAAAACAUUAUAACCCUAAUAGGGUUUUGUGAUGUUAACAAAGAAAUGAUCCUGGUUUAUGAAUACGCAAGCCAUGGAAGCCUCGACAAGUAUUUACAUGACCCUACUAUGUCAUGUGAACUCUCAUGGCCACAACUGCUCAAAAUAUGUGUUGGCGUUGCUUCUGCAUUGGAUUAUCUUCAUAAUCACGUGGCAGAAAAACAUAGAAUAAUACACCGUGAUAUAAAAAGCGCGAAUAUUUUGUUGGAUGAGAAUUGGAAUGCAAAACUUUCAGAUUUUGGGUUGGCUAGGAUAGGACUAGCAAACCAAAGUAACACCGUAGUGAUCACUAACCUUGCUGGAACGCAUGGUUAUUGCGACCCACAAUAUGAAAGAACAGGUCUUCUAACAAAAGAAUCGGAUGUAUAUUCCUUCGGUGUGGUUUUGUUUGAAGUUUUGUGUGGAAGGCUGGCGUGUGUCAUGAAUUACCAUGAUGAGCGGCGAUUCCUCCAUCAUUUGGCCCGAACUUGCUAUAGAAAUGGAGAGCUAGACAAGAUUAUUGAUCAUAGAACAAAGAAAGAUAUUAAACCAAGAACAUUGCUCAAGUUUUCAGCUAUUGCGUAUCAAUGCUUGCAAGAAACUCGAGAAGAACGACCUGCGAUUUCUGUGGUUGUAUUCCAACUUAAGGAGGCCAUGAAAAUUCAAUUAGAAGAUGAGAUCCUCUAAGAUUCAGGAUGGCACGUCCUCCAUGACUUGCAAAUGUCGUUCUUCAGGGAUUUAGAUCAGGAACAAGACAUUUUACCUCACCUUAUGAGAUGAUCAUCUUCUUGAUUGAUGACUUCUCUCCUUGUUUUUCUUCAUUUUGAUUCUUUAGUUGUUGCUUAAUUAUGGUUUCUUUUAUUUUCUUCUUGUACAGCUCCUUCGUAAAAUUUUCUCAUUAUCAAACGUGUUUUUAUCUAAAAUGAAACAUAUCACAUCACAAGUGGAAACAUUCAAUAAGAGCGUUGGGUUAUUUUU